AAUCGUCUGGAGUUUGUGUACGUGUUGUUUUUGUGCGUCUAAUGCGACUUCGAAAUGAAUUGGUUCGACACGUCAGGCUUGACAAGUUUGGCCAAAACUGCCUUGAAAGAGGCCCAGAAGACUAUAGAUAAGGCGCUGGACAUCCAAGAUGAAAGUAGCGAUGAUCAAGAGGAGGCGUCUCCGACACAUUCCAAAGGUAAAGGCUCUCCUUCGAGCAGUAAUACGCCCCAAAAAGAUAACUCCGAUUUCUUCGCUUCUUGGGGCCUGACUGUGAGUGCCGAGAGCGCCAAAGAUGAGUCCCCCAAAGAGCAGCCAGUGGUCACCGAAAGCCCUUCGAAAUCAACGUCACAAAGUGUCUGGGGCUCUUUUGCAGGCUCAUUUUUCGAGCAGCCAAAAUCAGACGACUCCACCAUAGUUAGGCCUCCUAAAGCUAAAUCUAUGAACAUAAUUUCAGAUUCCAAGUAUGGAAGUCAAGAUGAUCUAUUUUCAAAAAGCCAGCUGGUCAUGUCAGAUGGUGAAGGAGCAGAGUUUGUAAAUGUAAAAUGUCAUAAGUUGGACGAGAGGAGAAGCUCAUCCCGAUCUAACCGAUUGUCACUUGUUUCUAGUCAGAACAGCUCAGACUCUGUGGAGGUUCUCUCACAGAGUAUGAAAACUACUCCAGACUCACCAUCAGUGCAGUCCAUAUCACAUAGCAGCAGCAUUGGUCCUAAACAUAACUCUGAAUCUGUUGAGAUACUGCCCGACAGCCUUAUUAGUCCCAGUUCUAUUGAAUGUUUAGGUUUCGACAGCUACAGUAGUCCUUCAUCUAAUCUUUCGCCAGAUACUAGUGAGAAACCUACUCCAGUUGGUGAUAAAACUGAAAGGAUUGAGACUGCAGAUAGUGUAAGCUUGGUAGCCGAUGAUGAUGAGGACACCAUGUCUUACAAUUCUGUAUCAGAAUGUACUGCACCCACGGUUUUAGACACAGAUGAGAAGCCUGGGGGUCCUUUCCCUAAACCUAUUAGAAUGGAGCCACAAAGAAAAGGGGUUGAGAAGGAAUUCAUUCAUUUGGAGCACCCACUAAUACCUCAGAAGAUGCAGCUGAGUGAAAACUCUUCCAAUGAUGGAUCUUGGUCUGAUAGAACAUUGAAUGCAGACAAUGAUAGUGUCAUUUUGGAUGUAGCAGCUGAAGAACAGAAAAAAGAUGUAGAUCAUGAAGAUGCUCUGAUGGAAAAGCUCAGUGAUUCUUCUUCCUUUUACAAUGUUAAUGUGUCAUCAACAGACAUGAUAAGGUCUGAAAGCUCUGCCUUUGUCAAUGUGGAAAAGCAACAGUGUGGAGCCUCACACAGCAGUAACUCUUCACAAAAGGAUGGUAGUGUUAAAGAGAGAGUUUCGCCAAUCAGUUCUGACAGCAAAAGUGAUUUAGUCAAAAUUGGGUCAGACCGAACAUCUGGUCAUACUUCAGGAGACGAACUAGAAACUGCAACGUCAUCAGAUAUAGAAAUCAUUCCAAGUCCAAAUGGUGACAACCAUGGUUUUUGCAGGAGUAGCCCGGCAAAAUAUGCUUUUAAGCAGGGUAAAUUUGAUGGCACCACAUCACCUAACUUAGUCGACUUAGUAUUAGGGAAGUCUUUAGCAACGAAGAUCCGGGGUCAUAACAGGGAGUUGUCUGAAGCGUCUGUUCAGAGUAACACUAGUGAUGAAAGCCAGGGGUCCGAGAAUGAUAGGUUAAUGCGAAGGCUGUGUGAGAUGGCUGAGAUUUUAGAAGCUAGAGAGAAUAGACUGAUGGAAGUAAGUAGGAGUAAUGCGGAGUUGGCAGAGAAUAAUGCAGACUUGAAGAGCCAGGUGGAGACUUUGAUGAUGAAGCAUGAAGGAGGGGAUAUUAAUAUGAUCACUGAAGAUUAUACUCAAAGAAUGUCGGCACUAGAAAAGAAAUUCCAGCAAGCUAUUAGGGAAAAGGAUCAACUAAGAAAACAAUUAGACACAUUAAAAGCAGAGAGUACAUCACGGAAAAAUUCAUCCGAACUGGAGAAUGCUUUGAAGGAAAAGGACGAAGCUAUAGCAGGGCUUCAAGAGGAAGGAGAGAAGCUAGCUAGGCAGCAGUUACAGCAUUCUAAUAUAAUUAAAAAACUCAGGGCAAAAGAGAAGGAUAAUGAACAGGUUAUCAAGAAUUUAAGGGAUAAAAUAGCCGAGCAAACGAACGAACUGGACCGAUUGAAGCGAUCUAUGGCCGCCAAGGAAGAACUAGAGGUCAACCAGAUUGAAGCUGUAUACCGACUGACCACUGCCAACAAGAAAUUGGAGACUGAACUCAUGGAGACAAAAAGCGCCCUAGACGACACAUCCCAGAAGCUAGAGAGCACGAAGACAUCUUUGGACGCGUGUCGACGUGAGUUGAACGAGCUCCAGCGCAACAGCAGCGAGCUGAGCCGGCGGCGCGGCGCCCAACAGCAGCUGGAGGCCGACAAGCAGCGCGCCGAGGACGAGAACCUGCGGCUGCGGGCCGAGCUGCAGGGGCUCCGCGCCGAGCUGCAGCAAGAGGAAAGACGCUGGAUAUCCCGUGAGGAGGCCCUCCGGCGCGAGCUAACAGAGGCCCGCGAGCUGUGCUCGUCACUAGAGGCCCGCGAGGGCGCGGAGGCGGGCGAGGCGGGCGCCGCCGCGCUGCUGCAGCAGCUGGCCGCGCUGCAGCGUUCCGCGCUCGAUAGGGAACACGCACACUCCAUCACUACCAGGAACUUGGCUCAGCAACUGGCGGAAGCAGAAACUUGUGCAGCGAAGGCGGUGGAACGCGAGCGUGUAGCCAGGGAGGAGAACCAGACCCUGGCGGAGAGGCUGGUGGCGUGCGAAGGGCUGCUGCAUGACGCGCAGGCGCGGGCCGGGGACCUCGCGGAGCGGGCGCAGCGGGCGCUGCACGCGGCCGCGCAGCUGGACGACCGGCUGGACAGUCAGUCUCGCGAGCUGGACCGCUUGAAGUCGGAGCAUGCGAGCCAAGUGUCAGCGCUUCAGGCACGCGUUUCGGAACUGGAGCAGCAGCUCGCGGCCGAGAGAGAAGCGCUCCACGUCGAGAAGAAGAGGAACUCUAUACUGCAGGAGCAAAUGACGUCACGCGGAGACAUAUCCCCGCCGCAUUCCGUCGUGUCGGAUUCGUUCUCCGGCUCGCUGUGGGCCGCGGAGGACGGCACACUGACCCCGACGGCGACGGCGGCGGCGGGCCCGGGCUCGGCGCUGUGCGUGGAGGAGGCGCUGUCGCAGCUGUCGCGGCGCAGCGGCGAGCUGCGCGCUGCGGCGCACACCGUAGCGCAGCUGCGCGCGCAGCGGGACGCCGCGCUGGCGCAGCUGGCCGCGCUGCACGCCGAGCUGGACGAGCUGCGGGCCGUCCAAGAGCAGUACGAUGCCCUCCUCCAGAUGUACGGAGAGAAAGAGGAACAGCUAGAGGAAGUGAAGUUGGAUCUCCAAGAUGUGACGCAGUUGUACAAGGCACAGCUAGAUGAACUUAUAGCAUUGAAGCAGCGAGCAUAGCACGGGACAGUAGCCACCGGACCGGG